AUGAGCAGCCUCCCCGUCCUGCACGUGCUCCUGCUCCUGCUCGCACUCCAUGCCCCUCGGGCACAGGGACAGCCCCUGAGGACACAAUCGACUGAGAACUAUGACAACAUCAUCGAGGAAAUUAUGGGCAUCCUAAACGAGUCUACUGUGCCUCCAGAACAGCACACCAUGGACCCAAAUGAGAUACCCGUCCUGAUGGAAGGCAACCUGUGGCUGAACCUGGAUGCAUUCUUGAAUGCUACCAACAAUUUCAAGGAGAAAGGAAUGAAAAUCAAGGCAAAUCUUGAGAAAUUCAAGCAAUUGCUGCCCACCCCCACGUCGGAGGAAAAAACAAUCGAUAUCAAUGGCUGGCACGAUUUCCAGAAGAAAUUAACUAUGUAUCUGGCCCGCCUUAAGCAGUCCGGAUGGUUUUAG